AUGACAUUAAUUUUAUCCAUUCUUCCUCUUACUUUUUACACAACUAGUAAUUCUUUCAAAGAUGGGCUUCCAAUUUGCGGGCAAAGCUGUGUGGGUCUUGGAACAGUCUUGUUGACACUGGCUGGUCGUGAGAUAUUCACAAAUUUUCUUUCAAGUGCAAUGAUUCAUGCAACCCGUCCAUUUGUCGUGAAUGAGUGGAUUCAGACAAAGAUUGAAGGCUAUGAAAUUUCUGGUACUGUUAAGUGGAUUCAGACAAAGAUUGAAGGCUAUGAAAUUUCUGGUACUGUUAAGCAUGUGGGGUGGUGGUCACCAACAAUUGUAAGGGGUGAAGAUUGCAAAGCUGUUCACAUUCCAAACCAUAAGUUCGCAGUGAAUAUGUUGGGUGGCCAAAUUUAUGACGGUGGGUUUCGCAAAGAAAUGGCAACUCUUUCUGGAAAGUCUCCAAGACCCUACAACAAAGUUGAGAAAAUUGCAAGUCAGUUUGGUCACAUUGUUGUUGAAGUCGAUCAAACUUAG